UCUUCUCCCAUCGUCAUGGAGUUCUGCCAGCACAAUACUAUUCAGCACAUAAAAGCAAGCCGUCUGCCUACCAUCCCCUUCAGAUUUAUUUGAUCACAUAUCGCAUCAUCACAAAGGAUGCGUUUCUCCUUCGUCCUCGCCGUCGUUGCUGCUGUGAUAGCGUCAAUAUCUGCCAGUCCCGUUGACAGCCGCAGUGACGCUGAGAGCAGUGGUCCUUAUUGUCCCAGUUAUUGCACGUGGUUAACCUGCUGCCUUGGCUUCAAAUGCGAGUGGGUAGCCAUAUUUAAUGACUGGCGUGGUAGAAGGUGCAGGUAUGUUUACCUGACAAGCACAGUGAAUAGCGGUUUCUUGCCGAGUUGAUCAAUCUGCUUGCUUCUGAACAAAUUUCACUGCCGCUCGAGC